AUGGGAUUUGAUUUAACACAAAUUGGCUAUUGUUCGAGCAGCCAAACACAACAACAAACAACUUUUCCAUCAUUACCGCCUGUCCGAUGUGGGGAAAACAUUCAGCAACUUGAUAAUGUUCCAAUUUCCAAACGUAUACCAAAUUGUCAAAAAUGCGGACAACAUGGAAGAAAAUCGCGACUGAAAGGACACAAGCGCGUUUGUCCCUAUCGUGAUUGUAAUUGUGCAAAGUGUCAAGUGGUAAGCGAAAGACAAAAAUUGAUGGCAGAUCAAAUAAAAAUACGACGACGGCAGCGGAAGGAUACGCUGCUGAAUAUAACACGAGAAAAUAUCACAGCAACUUUAAAUGCUGCCGCAGCAGUAGCCGCAUCCGGUCCGCUACCCUAUUUCCACAAUUUUAACGCACUUCUCUACAAACAACUUCAGCAAAACAUGCGGCAUCCAGCAGUAUCAUUUCUACCGGGUCAGCCGCCACCUACAGAAAAUAUCUUAGAAACUGGCUCCUUUAACAACACUUCAGGUACUUUGAGUAGUUAUCUUGCUGGCUCUGCAGCAGCAACUUCAUUGAAACUCGGUCAAUCGCCACAGCAACGACCCUCGCCGUCCGCAUUACCGCAUCUGCAGUUUCUUUUCCAACCGCAGGUGACCACUCCAACUACCACAACAACCAGUACCGCAGCGGAAUGUGACCUUCCCGCACUUUCCAUCACACCACCAUGUACACAAUCUGAUGGUAGCACAAAUGCAAUCGUUCCAGCCAAUCCACCGAUAGCCGUUCCCGUACCUAUUAAUCCAAUGUCAGUUACGGGAAUGGCUCCAAAUCUUGCAGCACAAAAUGCUCUAUCCAGAACACUGCAACAACAGCGACAACAACAACAUCAUCAUCAACAACAACAACAACAACAACAACAACAACAACAACAACAACAACAACAACAACAACAACAACGACAGCAACAAACUGAUCUAACGACCCAAGUAGCCGUAGGUCAAACGUUAACAAAUCAAAUCCCAGCUUUCCUGGACAACGAUCACUUAUUCCAAACACUUUUAAACAAUAUGCGGCAAUUGGAAUGGAAAAUUCCCAUGGAAGCUACACCAACGGCCAUCAUUCCGGAAAGCGGCAACAAAGCGGAAACAAGUCAUAUGUCAAGCAUAUUUGUCGAUGUUUGCAGUAUGUAA